GUUGUGUUGAGGGACGUAUGUUGACGUAUCACUUCAGUCAACGGCACUAAACAUGACCGACAGCAGUCGCAGCUCAGCUGGGGAUUACACUGCAGUGCAGGCAAAGCCGAAGGAACAACCCAGGUGCUCCAAGUAUCAGCUGUUAGACCUGCCCUGGGAGGACGUCCUUGUGACACACGUGCUGUGCUACUUGCCUUUAAGACUCCUUGUCAGUCUGCAGCGAGUGAGCAAGGGCUUCCGCUCUCUAAUUCAGCUUUAUCUGGCCAACUGCCGCUCGUUCGACCCUGCACAGACAGGUCCUCGAAUUCCUAAGGAAGCUUUUUGUUUCAUGCUGUGUGAUAAUAAAGUCCUCCAGAGCCUCUCUGUACACUGCUGCUGUGACUGGAUCACUGAUAAGGAGCUGCUUCCUGUGAUUGGUCAGAACCAGCAGCUGCAGCGCGUGGACCUGCACGGCUGCGUUCAUCUCACUCGCCACGCUCUGGUGGCUGUGGCACUUGGCUGCCCCCGCUUGCAGCACCUGGGCCUGGCUCACUGCGAGUGGGUGGAUAACCUGGCAUUGCACAGCUUGGCGGAUCACUGCUCUGAGCUGCGUACACUGGACCUCACCGCCUGCAGGCAGCUGAGAGACGAGGCUGUGUGUUACGGGGCGGCGCACUGGCCCACACUGCGUUCGCUCUCUGUGGCCAUCAACGCCAAUAUCACCGACACGACUGUGGAGGAGGUGGCCAAGCGCUGCAGGGAGCUCGAGCAUCUUGACUUGACCGGCUGUCUGAGGGUUUGCAACGAGGCCAUCAGGACGGUGGCUGAAUACUGCCCUAAACUGCAGUCUCUGAAGGUGAAUCACUGUCAUAACGUUAGCGAGUCCAGUCUGGGUGUGCUAAGAAGGCGCAACGUAGAGAUAGAUGUGGAACCUCCCCUCCAGAGGGCGCUGGUGCUGCUCCAGAACGUGGUGGGCUUCGCUCCUUUCAUCAACCUACAGAUAUAAAAGUACAUGAACACCUGGGUCCAUGUGUAUCACACAUCUCAGAACUAAUGUGCUGACCUGCAGUCAGCUGUCUGUCAUAAAUUAGGUGUGGUUUUCUGAGAGGUGUGCUACAUACGACCCUAAUACCAGCCUAGCUGAAAUCAGGUGAGUCGCCCAGGUCAAACCAGAGAGUAGUGCAUAUACCUGUUUUUUUUUCUUUCUUUCUUUCUUUUUUUUUUUUUAAACAAUUCCAAUCAAACUGUACUUAGCUUCCUAAGGGGUUCUUUGUGAAACACUCAUGGAUAAGAAAACAGUCCUGUACAGUAAAAGUCUUCAUAUUAAAUUAAAGUAAAUGUUAAUGUAACAACCUCAGCAGCAACCUUAUUUCGCCUCUCAACUGUUCCUGUUUUUAUGCUUGAAUUAUUCAUAGUUCAUGAUUCAAAAUUUUCCUCUAAAACUGCUCAGGUACAGAGACUGAACUGAGAAUAAGUCUUGCCAAAAAUGAGAACCCAAAAAGUCCUUCAGGAAUCCUGGAGUACAUUAAAAAUACAAGAAAGUCUGGCUCUUUUGUAGGUAAAAACUGAAGAAAUGAUGGCUGGCUCAAUAGUUUUGCACAAUACUUUAUGUAUAAUAUUAUUCACUGAAAAGUUGUAAAACCAUACACAAAUCCAGGAUUUCAUGCUAGAAUGCUGCUUGUUGUGAAAAUAUGCAACAAUAAAGGAGUAGAAUGAUUUUUAGUUCGCUCUAUUACUUGAAGAAAAGUGUUGCAACUGAAAAACGCUUUAUAUCCUCCAGCGAUAUCAAUGCUACAGCCAUAUGCUCUGGGUGGGCGUGAUGGGGCAUUGGUGGGGGCGUUAGUUACAGCACCACUAGCCAGUCUUGGAAAAGAGCAGAUUUGGCUUUCACUCCGAGUGUGUUACACCACCUGUGAUGCAGCAUGAGAAGCAGUUGGAAAAGAUGCUAUAGGCUGGCUUCAUGCAUCUCCGAGGAAGCACGUGUUAACCUUUGUCCUUCCCAACUGGAAGAUGUCGUGUGACAAAAUUGGAUUGAGCGUGUUUACUUAUCAGAGAGGGUUCUUAAUGGAGUAAAGAUUGCUUUCUAAAACAAUAAAGAAUAAUUAAUACUGUAUUGCAGGGACUGGGUUAUAAACAUUUUGUGCCUAGGUCCUUUUUUUUUUAUUCAAUUAAUUCAGAAAUACAUGCAACAUGAAUACAUGACCAGAAAAUACAUGUAACUUGUAUUAAUAAGGUUAGCCUGCUUUUACGUGUAACUGAUGGCAAGAAAGGCAUUUUGAUAUACUGUUUAUCUUUCAGGACUUUCUUCAUCCAUGAAUUAUUUGGACUGUGCUGGCAUAGUGCAAUACCUUGGAACAUGGACUUGUAUGAAAUAUCUAUUUCAGCUCCACUAUCCCGGUUUCAAGUCAUGAUGAUUAUCUAUAAAUUGAGUCAGAUGCACACAACACAACAAACUCUCAACAAGCUGCUGUUGCCAUGCAGGACUGACCAGGGUCACGGUUAUUUUAAGAGAAGUUUACCUCUUAAAAAGAAAAAAGUGUGUCCUACUUAUUGACUCUGUCAUACUUGAAAUUUGCAUGUGUAAAUGCAAUGUCUUUAGAAAUACUGUGUUAUAUUCAUGGUUCUGCAUUGAGCAUUCCUUUUAAUUUCAAAUAAAUUAAAUGAGCGUAAACAUACUUACAUAGGUAAUUGUUAAAAACGUACUGUUUCAUUUUGUUUUUAUUCAGAAUUAUUUUAUACAGUAAACAAAAGCUUUGUAUGAUUUCGCAUGUAAGAAAAGAAUGAAGGAAACAAGUUGCACCUUUCUAAGUAUCUGUUUAGAGAUCUGCUGAUUGAUGAUAAAAUGUACUGGAAUGUUAGACGGAUUUUUUUCACCUUAGUGUUCUAUGGUUUCUGCAGGUAUCACUUGAAACAUAAAUCUUACAACAUCUACAUACCAGAUUAGCUUUAACCAGAAUAAAUGUGUUUGUUGUGACUUAACCCAUUCUAGAGAUAAUGAUAUUUUAUUAUAAUACCUUAGAUUUAUGGUGUACAAUGCAAUUUUUAAAAAUGCAUCACGAUUGGAUUGCUCAUUAAUGCUGAAGUCAUUUUGCAGUCGACAAUAAUUUUAGUUAUUCCAGUAAUAUGUUUUUGAUUUAUUAUUUUUUUAUUUAAAAAAAUGUCAGCACUACAAUUAUUGUAAUACAAUACAAAAUAUCUGGGAUUUAAAAAAAUAUAUAUAUAUUUUUAUGCUUGUGUAUGGAAAGUGUGGCACUGGAAACGUGUAAUCUGUCACAGCAAAUCUGAUUUAACUCAGUCUAUAGGAUUGUGUUUUACAAGCUCUACAAUUGACAUUACUUUAAUGUUUUGUUCUGUUUAUUGCUUAUUUGAUACAAUUUUGUUUGAAUGUUAUAAAUGAAUGGUUCUAGCCAAUAAUAUGCAAUGUCGACAAGGUUUUGGAAACAUUUACAGUAUAUCAUUUUUAACAUAUUUUAAAAUGUUUACAGACUUUCUAAAGCCCGGAUAAUCAGCUUUUUGUCUGCACUGAAAUCAUUCAGUUGGAAUUAACGUUGCACAAAAAUGUUUGCAAGAAUUUAUUUUCUUCCUUUAAUAAUAA